AUGAAGUCUGUGCUUUCCGUCGCCCUCCUCGUCCUCGUCAUCGUUCAGUGAGUCUCAAAAGAUCGGCGUGGGAAAUGCGUUUUUUUUUGUGUCAUUGUCUGGUAACUUGAUAUUUGUAUAGCCGACAGAGAGAGUUGAGAGAGAGUUGAGAGGCUUUCGGCGCGGCUUUACUGUAGACAAAUCUGGAAAAGUGUAUAGAAAAGUGUAUACACCUUCCGAAUGGCUCGCAAAUUUGUUCUCUUUUCUUUCUUCUUUCUCACGCGUCUGAAAAUAGAUUGGGUAUACACUCUUUAGAAUUCAAGUUUACGAACUUUGUCCAAUAAAUUUCCCUAUUCGGGGCGGUGGGGGGGGGGGCAAAAUUUAUGAGUCUGUGUAUGUGUGGGUCGAAUGACGUGUUGACCCCCUCCCUCCCCCGGGGGACUUGGGGGCGAAAUGUAUUAGGAAUCGCAGUGUCUUGUGAUGUGAUGGGGUGUGCAUCGGAGAUCACAUUCGUACUAGUUUGGGAUUUUUAAAAAAAGUUCCAGAUUGAUCUCCGCUUCGAUGGCUUCUUCCUCUUCGGCGCUAGCCGACGGACAAAUCGAUUACGACGCACUUGCCGCCAAAAUGUGAGCAUUUACCGUUACGACACGUCUACUUACUUUCUCCCAAUUUCAUUUUUUCAGGGAACUGCUGCGCCCGAACCGAUACUGGAAACGUGCGCACAACAUUGACACGCGGGCUCUGAACCAGUUCAAAAAUUGCUAUUUCUCGCCGAUCCAGUGCGUUCUCAUGGAGCGUCGACGUAAAUGA